CGCAUUCAAUAAACAAAAGAUUUAGAGCUCUAGAGAUCUCUGGACCCAACGCUAUGACUAUUUAAAAAGAUUCCAUUACUGUUGCAUUAACACAUGCUUUAGCAAUUUAUUUCGAUCUUAGAGUAGAUAAAGGUCUAGAAUCUAGAAUAUAAGCAGUAUAAAAAUUAAAAAAUCUCCAACUUAAGAAUAAGAACCGAAUGACGAGUCGAUUGUCACUGACUGAAGACUGAAGACUUGAUGAAGUUAUUGAAGAUGUUUUAAUUAAUUCCUCAGAUAAGCACAUUUAAAUUUUUACCAUACAAAUGUCAUCAGCUGUAUCACCUGCUGUAAUGAAGGAAAAAGAGAACAAUAGUUCAAAAAAUGAAAAACCUAUUGUUGUGGUUUACCGAUGUUGGAUAUGUGGAGAUGAGUUUACAGAAAAGUUAGGAAUACUAAAACACCUCAAGAAGUUUCACAAUAAGCCUGAGUUGGAUGGGAUAGAAAAAAAGAUGAGAAUACCAAUUUGUUUGACGUGUGGGUCUGCAGAAACAUGUGAACACACAGAGGGAGAAAACAGGGACAACAAAAUUCAGCAGCAGAUGGACGAGGAGAGCGAUGAUGAUGGUGACAAGGUCUCAAAGCCACGUAUGAUCAACUGUUUAACCUGCCACAAGGUCUUCACUCUCCUGGACACCCUGCACCAGCACCGCCAGACAGAGCACCCAUCAGAGAAAACAUUCCAAUGCAACUUCUGUCCUACACUCUUUGGGGAUCGAACCAGCCUGGUCAUUCACAAACGUGACCACACCGGCUCUCGGCCAUACAUCUGCACACAGUGUGGCCAUAGGUUCCCUAAGAGUUCAGAUCUUAAGAGACACUCAAUCAUUCACUUGGGUCAAAAGCCCUACCAGUGUGCCAAGUGUGAUAAAACCUUCACCCAAAAGUCCAGCCUGGAGAAGCAUGCUAGAAUCCACGCCAAGCAUGAUGGCGGCCAUCCUUGCCUUCUGUGUGGGCUGGUCUUCAAGCAGCUGUCGGAGCUGAGUGACCACGCCGUGUCAGCACACACAGACGUCAACUACAAGUGUAAGACAUGUGGCAAGAUGUAUGUGGAGCAGAGACACUUGUUGCAGCAUGAGAAAAACCAUUUUGUUGUCAAGCCGUAUGCCUGCAGUUUCUGUGACCGCAGGUUCUCGUUCCACCCCAUGCUGGUCAAACACGAAGAGAGGAUUCACAAGAGUAGGAGAGAGCUGGCUUGUGACAUCUGUAACAAAGUUUUUAAACGAACAGAAAAUCUCAACAGACAUAAGUUAUCCCACUCAGGUGUGAGAAACCACAAGUGUACCAUCUGCGGUCUCUCGUUCACUGAGAAAGGCUCCCUGACCCGCCACACCAAAUCCCAGCACGACCAGCUGCGUCCGCACGUCUGUCACAUAUGUGGGCGGGGCUUCACUCGUAAAAUUUUAGUCCGCAAGCACAUAGAGCGCUGCCAUGACAACAAGAAAGGGGAAGAACUGAAGGAGAAGUCCCAGUAUUUCAAGUGUAAGCUUUGUGACAAGUUGCUAAGGAGGUCUGGGCUGAGGCAUCACGUCAAGUUACACCGGCAGAGGGGUGACAGGUGGGAGGGCGUGCUGAUGGACGAUGAGGUGGAGCUAGAGAAGGCCAUAGUGGCAGCCAACACCAACAUGCUGCAGAGGGGCUUGGUUAAAGAUGACUGCGAGGAGAGUCUAGACAUCAAGGAUGAAAGUUUGGACGAAGAGGAUGAAUUUUCAUCUGAAUAACUUUUCAAAAUGUGAAUCUGGAGACGCUAAAAAGGUGUAAACCUUAAUUAUAGUACUAUUAAUUUCUAUUUCUGGAUAGAUUUUUCAAGGUUGUAAAAUAUUUCUUUAUCAAAUAUUUUUAUCGUUUUCUUUUUUUAAUAAUGGUUAAUUGUUCACCACUUAAAGUGUCUAGUCACCAAAUAAUACUGUUUAUUUUGUAUAUGAUUAAAUGUUCAGUUCUAAAAAAAAAAGAAU